CUCUAUUGGGGUCAGGUUUUGUGCCUGUAAUUAUUCCGCCUGCUGUAUUAUAGGAGCUUAGAAUCCCAGCUGCUGGCUCUGGGCUGAAGUUCUCUGAUGGCUCCUGCAGGGUGGACUGGCCCCCUUUCCCUAUGUGUGCUUCUGCUGCUAACCUGUGGCUUUGCCCAUGCAGGCAAGCUGCUGGUAGUACCCAUGGAUGGGAGCCACUGGUUCACCAUGCAGUCGGUGGUGGAGAAACUCAUCCUCAGGGGGCAUGAGGUGGUCGUAGAGGCCAGAGGUGAGUUGGCAACUGGGAAGAAAACUGAAUUGCACAGUGAAGAGUUACUCAACCUCAUACUCCUGGAGGAUCAGGACCGAGAGUUCCUGGCAUUUGCCAAUGAUCAAUGGAAAGGAAAAAUACAAAGUAUAUUUUCUCUAUUAAUGAGUCCAUACAGUGGCAGUUUUGACUUAUUUUUUUCACAUUGCAGGAGUUUGUUUAAGGACAAAAAAUUAGUAGAAUACUUAAAGGAGACUUCUUUUGAUGCAGUGUUUCUUGAUCCUUUUGAUACCUGUGGCUUAAUUGUUGCCAAAUAUUUCUCCCUUCCCUCUGUGAUCUUCACUAGGGGGAUAUUUUGUCAUUAUCUUGAAGAAGGUGCACAGUGUCCUGCUCCUCUUUCCUAUGUCCCCAGAGGUCUCUUAGGGUUCUCAGAUGCCAUGACUUUCAAGGAGAGAGUACGGAACCAUAUCAUGCACUUGGAGGAACAUUUGUUUUGCCACCAUUUUUUGAAAACUGCCCUAGAAGCAGCCUCUGAAAUUCUCCAAACACCUGUCACGGCAUAUGAUCUCUACAGCCACACAUCAAUUUGGCUGUUGCGCACUGACUUUGUUUUGGACUAUCCCAGACCUGUGAUGCCCAACAUGGUCUUCAUUGGUGGUAUCAACUGCAAACAGGGAAAGCCAUUGCCUAUGAUGUUUAGUGAAAGAGUGACUGUUCAGCCAACUCAUGGGAAAGUGAAAUAA